AUGAAGCUUGAUAAAAAUGAGUAGUAAAUUUAUAGUGAUUUCUAGUUUAAAUUUAAAAUUGUUUCAAAUAACGAAUUCUUUUAUAGAAAAUUAAAAUCGGCCCCAAACUUCCUACAAUUAUUCUUAAUUUUAUGAAGGAGUUUAAAUUUCUUCAAUUAAAAAUGUUUAAAUUAUUUUUAAAGGAUGA